AUGGCUGAAGUGAUUAACAUGCCGGUCGAUUCCCUCGACCGUCGCGGCGGGGGAGGCGGAGGAGGAGGAGGACGCGACAGGAAGGAUAAACCACCCACCGAUGAUCCACAAUCACAAUCUUCUCCUCCACCACCUCCUCCUCCUCCUCAACGACGCCGUGAGAGAGACUCGAGAGAGAGACGUGAAGACUUCGAUAGACCACCGAAUCGACGUGGAGGCGAUUAUUAUGAUAGGAAUCGGUCCCCGCCACCUCCGCAACGAGAGAGGGAGAGAGAGUAUAAGAGGAGGAAUAGUAUGAGUCCUCCACCUCCGUUGCCGUAUAGAGAUAGGAGACAUUCGCCGCCGCCGAGGAGGUCGCCUCCGUAUAAACGGUCCAGGAGGGAGGAUGGUGGGUAUGAUGCUAGGAGAGGAAGUCCUAGAGGUGGAUUUGGAGGUGGUGAUCGAAGGUUUGGAUAUGAUUAUGGUGGUGGAUAUGACCGUGAGAUGGGAGGUAGGCCAGGUUAUGGUGAAGAAAGGCCUCAUGGCCGAUACAUGGGUCGUGGAGGUGGAUAUCAAGGUGGUCCUCCAGAUUGGGAAUCGGGACGUGGUGGUUAUGGCGAUGCUUCCAACACAGUGCCUGCUCAAAGAGAAGGCUUGAUGUCAUACAAGCAAUUCAUGCAGGAGCUUGAAGAUGACAUACUGCCAUCUGAAGCUGAGCGCAGAUAUCAAGAAUAUAAGUCAGAGUAUAUUUCAACUCAGAAACGGGUUUUCUUUGAGGCUCAUAAAGAUGAGGAAUGGUUGAAAGACAAGUAUCAUCCGACCAAUUUGGUUGCCGUCAUUGAAAGGAGGAAUGAACUUGCACGGAAGGUUGCAAAAGAUUUUUUGCUUGAUUUGCAGAGUGGAACAUUAGACUUAGGUCCUGGUGUCAAUGCACUAUCACCAAAUAAAUCAGGACAGGCAAGUGAUCCAAAUUCUGAUGACGAGGCAGAGACUGGUGGCAAAAGAAGAAGGCAUGGUCGGCCACCUGCUAAUGACUCUGAUCUUCUUUCAGCUGCUCCAAAGGCUCAUCCAGUAAGUUCAGAACCCAAGAGAAUCCAAGUUGAUGUUGAACAAGCACAGGCCCUUUUACGGAAACUUGACUCUGAAAAAGGCAUCGAAGAAAAUAUUUUAAGUGGAUCUGAUAAUGAAAAAAUGAGUAGAGAGAAAUCCCAUGCCACUGGCCCUGUUAUCAUCAUACGAGGCUUAACCUCAGUCAAGGGCCUUGAAGGUGUGGAACUACUGGAUACACUUAUAACAUAUCUUUGGCGGGUCCAUGGUUUGGAUUACUAUGGAAUGAUUGAAACAAAUGAAGCUAAGGGUCUUAGGCAUGUGAGAGCCGAGGGAAAGAGUUCUGAUACAAGCAACGGAACUGAGUGGGAAAAGAAACUUGACCUGCGCUGGCAAGAGAGAUUGAGGGGUCAAGAUCCUCUAGAAAAAAUGACUGCUAAGGAGAAGAUAGAUGCUACUGCAGUUGAAGGUUUGGAUCCAUAUGUCCGGAAAAUUAGAGAUGAGAAGUACGGUUGGAAGUAUGGUUGUGGAGCCAAGGGUUGCACAAAGCUCUUCCAUGCUGCUGAGUUUGUGCACAAGCAUCUCAAGCUGAAACACCCAGAGCUUGUGAUGGAGCUGACCGCCAAAGUGCGGGAAGAGCUGUAUUAUCAGAACUAUAUGAAUGAUCCAGAUGCACCUGGUGGCACACCUGUUAUGCAGCAGUCCAUACCGAAGGAUAAGCCACAAAGGCGCAAGCUUGGUCCGGACAAUCGGUUGAAGGAUGAACGCGGAAACCGUAGAGAACGUGACAAUAGAGCAAAUGGCAACGAAAGAUUUGAUAGAUCUGAAAAUCCACAGUCAGGCGACUUCCAAUCUAAUGAUGGUCCUGAUGGAGGAAAUCGCGAUGAAGCAAUGUUUGAUUCUUUCGGAGGACAAGGCAUCCGUGUACCUCCUCCUUUCCCCUCAGAUAUAGCUCCUCCACCAGUUUUGAUGCCUGUUCCUGGAGCUGGUCCACUGGGGCCUUUUGUUCCUGCCCCACCUGAAGUUGCGAUGCGCAUGUUUAGAGAUCAGGGUGGUCCCCCUCCAUUUGAAGGUGGUGGCAGAAAUGCAAGGCCUGGGCCCCAGUUAGGUGGGCCAGCCCCUAUUCUUCUAUCACCAGCCUUCCGACAGGAUCCUCGACGUAUACGCAGUUAUCAAGACCUAGAUGCACCUGAGGAUGAAGUCACUGUUAUAGAUUACAGGAGUUUUAGAAUCAUCGCCUUGUGCUUAAAGCAAUUAAGGGCAGCUCUUCUCUGCGUUAAUGGUAAAGCUGCACACUAUGAUAUGAAUUCAGAUUGGGUCAUUGAUGAAAAGUGGUUCUGA